CUUCUCGGACCCGGGCACGAACCCGCGUCCCCUGCAUCGGCAGGCGGACUCCCAACAACUGUGCCACGAGGGAAGCCCUGUGUUGUAUUAAUAUUGCUCGGUGUUUACUGAGCCUAAGAUUCAGGCUUAGAGAGAAUUAGAACUACCUUUUUAUUUCCACAAGUUUUGCCUACAAAGGGCCAGGCAUUAGAGUGAAUGUGUGCCUUAAAACUACAUUUUCCUAAGUUAUCUUCCCGAGAGUGUCAUGAAAAGCAUCUUAUCAUUUAUAUUGUAAUCAUCAAACACUUACAUCACUUUUUUUUUAGCAAAUUUACAAAUGUUAACUUACUCCAUCUUUACAAUCAUCCUGAAAGGGCUUCAUGAAUCAGGCAGCAUCCUAAGCAGCAGAAAGAAAGGGGGUCUCAGGAGCUGCACAAAAAUGAAAGACUUCUCUAGGCAGAAGAGAGCAGGAACAAGGAAGUUAACAGCAGCGAAAAGUGGAUUGGUGUAUCAAGGUCAUGUUCCUUUAGGGAAUGACAGCGACCUAUGAGCAGAUGACCUUACUACUUAUUGGCCAGGAGGAGCUACCUCACCCUUAUGAUGCCUGGAUUUCCAUUGCUAAAAAUCUGCCUGAACUGAUUAAGAAUGGCCAACUACGUGCAGAAGUUGAGAAGUUAACAACCUUCAGCAUUGACGGCCUCCAGGGACACAAGUCACAGCGCCUUGCACAUCUGGUUCUGGGGUAUAUCACCAUGGCAUACGUGUGGGGUGAAGGCGGUGGAGAUGUCCGCAAGGUCUUGCCAAGCAAUGUUGCUGUUCCUUACUGCAAGUUAUCUGAGAAGCUAGGACUGCCCCCUAUUCUGGUUUAUGCAGAUUGUGUCUUGGCAAACUGGAAGAAAAAGGAUCCCAGUGGGCCCAUGACUUACGAGAACAUGGACAUCCUAUUCUCUUUUCCUGGCGGGGACUGUGGUAAAGGGUUCUUCCUGGUCUCUCUGGUGGUGGAAACAGCAGCUGCUUCUGCAAUCAAAGUGAUCCCCAUUAUUUUUAAUGCAAUACAACAUGAAGACCCAGACACUUUGCAAAAGGCAUUGCGUGAUAUAACUUCUUGUCUGCACAAAGCCCUUGAAAUGUUUCACCAAAUUCAUGAAUAUGUGGACCCAAACCUAUUUUUCAAUGUUCUUCGCAUAUACUUGUCUGGUUGGAAAGGCAACCCUUUGCUGUCAGACGGUCUGCUGUAUGAAGGUGUCUGGGACACCCCAAAGAAGUUUGCCGGGGGCAGUGCAGCCCAGAGCAGCAUCUUUCAGUGUUUCGAUAUUUUGCUGGGCAUUCAGCAUACUGUUGGUGGAGUUCCUUCAGACUCUGCUGCUGAAUUCCUCCAGGAAAUGAGAACAUAUAUGCCAUCAGCUCACCAGAACUUUCUUCGCUCGUUAGAGUCAGGCCCCUCGGUCCGUAAGUUUGUCCUUGCAAAAGGUGAUGCUACCCUGCAGGAAACUUAUAAUGAAUGUGUGCAAGCUAUGGUCUCUCUGAGAAACUACCAUUUGCAAAUAGUAGCUAAGUACAUUGUGAUUCCUGCAAGCCAGUCAUCCAAGAAAAAACAAACCUCGGAAGAGCCCUCAAAACCAAACGGUAAAGGAACUGGAGGCACCGAUAUCAUGCCUUUUCUAAAGACUUUAAGAAGUACCACUGAGAAUUCCCUGUUGAAGAAAGAUUAAUGUAAUCCAAGGAAGUGCUUACAUUGCUACCACAUAUGGUAAUGUCACUGCCCAUUAUAUCAGAAAUAGCAUUAACAUUCAUAACUUGAGGAGAGGAAAAUAAAACUAACGUCCAUUAAAAAAAAAAACCCUGCACAUGGGUGUGUAUAGCAGCUUGAUUCAUAAUUGCCAAAACUUGGAAGCAUGAAAUAAACCAGGGUACCCAUCCUUACAGUAGAAUAUUAUUCAGGGCUAAAAAGAAAUGAGUGAUCAAGCCAUGAAAAGACCUGCAGAAACAUGACAUGCAUGUUAUUAAGUGAAAGAUGUCACUCUGAAAAGGCUACAGACUGUGUGAUUCCAACUAUGUGACAUUCUGGAAAAAGGUAAAACCCUGGAGGCAGUAAAAGGAUCAGUGAUUGA